AUGUUCUCUACACUCAUUAUAGGCGCACUCGCGCUCUCGUUCUUGGACCCAACCCAUGCCUUUUAUCUUCCAGGUGCUGCUCCUCGUAGCUACAAACUCGGGGAGGAUGUCAAGCUAUUCGUCAACGCAUUGACACCUAUGCUGCUCGGGACCGACAAUGCAAAGCUGUCUACUCUGAAUGCAGACGACUAUUACCACCCUCAAUUCCACUUCUGCCAACCCCCAGAAGGGCCUCAAAAGCAGCCAGAAUCGCUAGGAUCUAUCCUGUUUGGCGACCGCAUAUUCAAUUCACCUUAUAACGUGUCCAUGCUUGAACACAACGCAGAAUGCCAGACAUUGUGCACCGUCAACGACGUGCCGCCAGAAGACUCCAAGUUUAUCAACGACCGCAUCCGGGAAGAUUAUGCGUUGAACUGGCUAGUCGACGGACUUCCCGCAGCUGAGAUGAAGAUUGACGUCAGAACGGGAGACAUGUUCUUCGACAUGGGUUUCAAUCUAGGCAACAACGAAGGAGAAUUGAAGGAUACACCUGCGCUAAAUAACCACUACGAUAUCGUCCUCAGGUACCACAGGCCCACGCCUGAUACAUAUCGCGUCGUAGGAGUCCUUGUUUGGCCCAUGAGUAUCGGUGGUCCUCAAGAUGGACCUGCCACAUGUGAGUUCGAGGGAGCAACUCCCCUCAUCCUGAGCGAAACCAUGCCUCAGACCAUUCGUUAUUCGUAUCGGGUGACUUGGAACGAAUCAGAUACCCCAUGGGCGACUCGCUGGGACAAUUACCUUCACAUAUUUGACCCACGAAUUCACUGGUUCAGCUUGGUCAACUCGCUGGUUAUUGUAGUUUUCCUUUGUGCAAUGGUUUCCAUGAUCCUCUAUCGCAGCGUUUCCAGAGACAUUUCGCGGUACAAUGCCAUCGACGCUAGCGAAGAUGUCCAGGAAGAUUGGGGGUGGAAGCUUGUCCACGGGGAGGUGUUCCGUACCCCGAACAACCCACUCAUCCUGUCCAUCAUGGUAGGGAACGGUGCGCAAAUUUGCUCGAUGGUCGUUGUUACUUUAGUCUUCGCCCUCUUGGGAUUCCUUUCGCCUUCAAAUCGAGGAUCGCUCGCGACUGUCAUGAUGAUUUGCUGGUCCUUCUUUGGAUGCAUUGGCGGAUAUUUCUCGAGCCGAGUCUAUGCCUCAAUGGGUGGCACUGAUCGGAGAAAGAACGCUUUCCUAACCGCUACCUUGCUACCUACCGUUGUUUUCAUCGUAGUUUUCAUGCUGAACUUUUUCCUGAUAUCGGCUGGUUCUUCCGGUGCUGUUCCCUUUGGUACGAUGCUCCUCAUCGUGUUGCUCUGGUUUGGUAUCUCCGCCCCGCUGUCUGCGAUCGGUGCCUACUUUGGGACAAAACACGGUGCCAUCCGCAAUCCCGUACGCGUUAACCCCAUACCGCGACAAAUCCCCCCGACACCCAAAUACCUCAAACCAUGGGCUGCUGCAAUCCUCAGUGGCAUUCUUCCCUUCGGGGCUGCCUUUGUAGAGCUCUACUUUGUUCUGUCCAGCCUUUUCGCCUCUAGGGCGUACUACGCGUUUGGGUUUUUGGCUCUAACUGCAGGCAUCGUCGCUCUCACUUCGGCGACCGUCACGAUCCUUUUUACAUACUUUCUCCUCUGUGCUGAAGAAUACCGAUGGCAUUGGCGUGCCUUCCUCACAGGAGGGGGCAGCGCUUUCUGGCUGCUAGCAUAUGGUCUGUUCUAUUGGGCUUCUAGACUUUCGCUCGAUUCCUUCUCGAGUGUCGUGCUAUAUCUUGGUUACCUUUUCCUUCUCGUCCUAUUGGACUUCCUCGUCACUGGUGCGAUAGGAUUCCUAGCAUCAUAUUGGGCGGUCAGAAAACUGUAUAGUGCCAUCCGUAUAGACUAA